AUGACGACGACCGACCAAGCCUCUUCAAGGCAAGACGAUGUGGGCGGCACAUGGUCCGUCCACACGAAUAAGAGGGUGAAGCGUGCGCACCUGGACGUGCCCGGUGCCAGCAGCGAGGACGAGGCAGGCCCGUCCCCCUCCCCUCUACCCCCGCAGCCACCCGCGGCCCCAGCCAAGACGCCCAAGGUGAAGCCUUUGUUCGUGUUCCUCGAUCAAGGCCACCAGUACCCGAGGGUCUACACGGCCCUAAAAAAUGCCCUGACUGACAAGUUUACUUGCCAGAACAGAGGCCGCGACGAAAUAAUGGUGCAUACUGCAUCAGUCCCGGAGUACCACCGGGCGAUCAAGGCCCUCGAGGCUAUUGGCGCGCAACAUUCCGUCUUGCUGCAGCACGACGAAAUACCAAAAAAGUUCGUGCUGCGUGGCAUCCACCGCCACACCCCCCUGGACUUCCUGCAGCAGGAAUUCACUGCCCUGAGCCUGCCAACUUGCAACUCUGAGCGCAUCUACGGCCUCACAGAGUUCGCUGGCAUGCGGAUACGGGUAGACGACUACCGACGCCCGUCAGGACCCAGCCAAUGCAGCAACUGCCAGAGAUUCACUCACUCUGGCAAGGGCUGCAAGGCCAAUCCCGUCUGCAGGUGGUGCAGCGGCCCCCAUCGUGCCCCGGACUGCCCGAAUGGCGGCAAUCCGGAGCACAAGAAAUGCGUAAGCUGCAAGCUGCAGCAUUGCGCCAACUACAGAGGCUGUGCUGAAUUUAAAAAGGAAUCGCGCAGACAUCUGCCCCCUCAAGUUCGCAAGGCUCGCGAACAACAGUCCCGAAGGGACAUGAAAGCCAACAGACAGGCUGCAGCAGGCCCCCCACCGCAGCCGCAGCAGCAACCAGGCCCCUCUGGCAACACUGGCCCGCCCAGGCAGAACCCCUGGGGCCCGAGGUUCCCCCCGCCCCCCACCUUCGGCCAGUACAUGGCCCAGGCUGGAGCGAACAUGUUUGAGCCGCUGCAGCAGCACUGCGAGCCCGGCUACGACGAGAUGGCCUACCCAGCGAUUGCCAAUAACCCGCGUCCGCGUGGCCAAUGGCAGCAGCGUGGCUCUAAAAAGCACCCCACAGACCACAAAAAUGGCAAGGGUAAACCCCGCACCACUACUGAGGGUCAACCCCAGCAGCAAGCCCAGGCUCAGCAGCCUGCAGCAAAGACAGCUCCUGUUGCUAAGCCCAGAGCGACGCCCAAGCCUGUCCCGCCGCCGGCUGAAACCCCGGCCGAGGACAAUAUGCUGAUCGACGUGGUAACAGUGGACCCGACAGAGCCACUCACGCCAAUCAGCAGCAACCAAGCUCCGCGCCUUGAGGACAUACAAAAAGUCCUUUAA